UGCUGCAGCUCUGACAGUUUUGGAACCCCCCGUCUGAAGGAGGGGACUGGGAUUUACCCGGCCCAAACUUCGCGUCGAAUACUAUUAUGGAGCACACGAUGAUAACAGUUAAUAAAUAGACUCGUAUAUUAGAUGGUGGGAGAAAUACAUGAUCCAGUGGAUGGGUGAAAUCCCUGGAUCUUGACCUGUUAGCCACCAGAUUGACAAAGUUUCCCUUGUCAACGGUAGCCUGCGAGGAAGCUAACGGCUUUAGCAAGCUAGCGGAGCUGGAGCAAUCAAGCCGUGAAAAGGAAGGAAAGGGAAUAAGGACUGCGCACUGCAUGAUCAAAGGGCUGACCAGGGAAGUUUACAAGAAACAUUCGCGAAACAGCACAUUUAUCAGUAUUGUCUUCUAAUAGUUUACAAAGUUUUCGGCAGAACUAUGUAACUGGAAGUAAACUAAAGUAAAGUAAACUUUGUUGCCUGACAGCUGCGUGCGGUAAACCAAACGUUACCUAAUUCUAGCCCGCUACCGAUAGGUUAGCCUAGUGCUGUCGGGGUGGGCAGCAAAAGUAAAGAAACCCAGAUUAGGUGGGUUUGUGGUGAUUGACUUAAGAUAUAGCCAUCCAACUUAGCUGUUAAGUAAAAGGGGCCAGCACUAAUUUAAGCUGCCAUGGCCUCAGACGUGAUAGAAAGUGAAGUGGAGUUGCUGCAGAACUCUGCUGGAGAUAUGGGGCUGAACAAAAGCAGCCCAGAUCCAGACACACCCAGGACACUUGAAGUGCAAGAAAACAAUGCGUCGACAAGUCCACCUUUAACACCAGAAUGUGAUGGAGAUGCGCUCGAAGAAGGGGAAACUGUCGAGACCCUUGAUAACUCGUUUUCAGAAGAGGCGAUUUUGUGUGAGAACGGGGAUUGCGCUGCGCCACACAGUCCGUCCCCAACCCCUCCACCAGUACCUCCGCCACAGCCACAGGAAACGGAGACUCCAGACAAUGGACAAAAACAGGAGGAAUUGCGAACUUCAACUCCUGUUCAGUUGCCAGAGCUGCAGUCCUCGCCUGAUUUAAAUGGAAGUCUGGAGCGUCAGGAGUCGGUGGCCACCACAGAGGCUCGCCUGAGGAUGGAGGGGGUGGAGCUUAAGGAAGAGUGGCAGGACGAAGACUUCCCCAGGCCUCUGCCUGAGGAGGAGGAGGAGGACAUUGAGCUGACUGACGAGCUCUUCUCUGGCACCUCAGGGGAAGGAGAACCUGGGACCCAGCCCUACAGCAGUAAGCGGACCAAGAAGAAGCUGCUGGCGCCAGACAUCAGCCUGAAUCUGGACCGCAGCGAGGGCUCGGUUCUGUCCGAUGAGCUGGAUGACAGCACGGAGCUGGACCUGGACGAUCUGGACACUCCCUCCGACAACAGCAACGAGUUCGAGUGGGAAGACGACCUCCCGAAACCCAAGACAACAGAGCUGCUGCGUAAGGGGGUGGAGUCUGUGCACGAGUAUUCCGCGGCGGAGGAGCGUGAGGAGGGGCGGCGCUGGCGAGUGUUCCGCAUCGGAGAUCAGGACCACCGCGUGGACAUGAAGGCCAUCGAGCCCUACAAGAGAGUCAUUAGCCACGGGGGCUACUACGGCGACGGCUUGAAUGCCAUCAUUGUUUUUGCGGUGUGCUUCAUGCCAGAGAGCAAUCAGCCAAACUACAGAUACAUCAUGGACAAUCUCUUCAAGUAUGUGAUCGGCACCCUGGAGCUGCUGGUGGCUGAGAACUACAUGAUUGUUUACUUGAACGGCGCCACGUCUCGCCGCAAGAUGCCCAGCGUGGGCUGGCUCAGGAAGUGCUACCAGCAGAUCGACAGGAGGUUACGGAAGAACUUGAAAUCUCUGAUCAUCGUCCACCCUUCCUGGUUCAUCCGCACUCUUCUUGCUCUCACCAAACCCUUCAUAAGCUCAAAGUUUAGCCAAAAAAUCAAGUUUGUGUACAGCCUUACGGACCUGGCUGAGCUGGUUCCAAUGGAAUACGUGUCAAUACCAGAUUGCAUCAAACAGUUUGAUGAAGAAAAAAAUAAGAAUAAAAGGCCUAAAAGGAUCGACCAGGAGAUGCACGGGAAGGUGGAGAUGGCAGCUGCGGCAGUGCCGGAGUGAGGUGGAGGAGCCUCUGUGUGUUUGUGUAUGGAAGAUAACACGGAGAAGAGCAAGAACGAACGAACGAAUGAACGAAAAACAGACGGAAGAAUGUGCAAAGCUACACCCAGUGGCAUUCAGGCCUUUUUUUUCUCUCAUUUUAGUUUUGCGUUUUAUUUCGUUUUAUUUUUUUUGUUUUUGUUUUUUUCUCCAGAUGUCUCUUGAAGAGAGAAUGGCUGGCACAAUCUUGUCGAGUAGUUUGUUUUUUGGAGAUGUGCCUUGUGACACAGCUGCCUGUUACGUUUAUGGACUGUUUUGUAAAGUGUUUUCUGAAUUGCGCGUAGUGAUGCCAAACGUUCAGUCAAUAUUUUGAAAAAAAAAAAACAAAUCUCAAGUCUGUUGCUAGCAAGGAAUUUUAUAACCUUUUUACACAUGUAGCCAAACAUAGGCCUUUCUGUUGCUGUUGUCAUAGUUACUGAUGUAUAUUUAAGGCACUCCGUUUCCAAAUAGUUGAUGCAUGUUCCUCGUUACAGUUAAAGUAUAUAUUUAUAUUUCAAAAAGUGAUGAAAAAAAAGGAGAGAUUUAAUAUAUUUUUAUGGAAAUUGAUCUGAACGCUAUUUUAUAGAUUAUUCACCACUAAGUUGAGGACGUUUCACAUCACUUGCUGUGGCCCAUGGAAGCACAGACGAGUGUGGGACUUUAUUUGUUUCAGUGUGUGACGCCCCAUACCCCAACACAUGCACACAUGCACGCGCACAACACCCUUCAAAGGUUAGGUCAAGUAGACAGCAUGUGAUUUCAGCAUAGAGCUUGUGGACUGGACAAAACACACAGCUCAGUUUCAUAAAUGUUGCCCAGUUAUGUUGCCAAAUGUAAACUGCCACAUGUAUGCGUUAUGUAAAUGUAUGCAUUUUACUGUAAUUUGACAGAUGAGGAAAGAACAGGAACAACACUUGUACUACAUAAGGAAAGGUAUCUGUCAAGUCAAGUAUGACCUUUAAAAAAAACAAAAAAUCAAAUAAGAUGA